GGAGAAAGUUACGUUCGCACGAGGUUUUACAACUAUAGUUGUAAGCAAUUUUUGGCGCGAGACUCUGACUACUAUAUAAGUCUUGUUAUUAAUUGAAAUUGUUCAUAUUAUUUCCCUCUCGCACACACUCGCACUUUGAACAACUAUGUCUGGACGAGGAAAAGGUGGAAAAGUGAAGGCGAAACCGAAGAGCCGUUCUUCAAAGGCUGGACUUCAAUUCCCUGUUGGUCGAAUCCAUCGUUUAUUAAGAAAAGGCAACUAUGCCCAACGUGUUGGUGCAGGAGCUCCUGUCUACUUGGCUGCCGUAAUGGAGUAUUUAGCUGCUGAGGUGCUCGAAUUGGCCGGCAAUGCUGCUCGGGACAACAAAAAAUCUCGAAUCAUCCCCCGUCACUUGCAGUUAGCUAUCCGCAACGACGAAGAGCUGAAUAAACUCUUGUCUGGUGUCACCAUUGCCCAGGGCGGGGUUUUACCAAACAUCCAAGCUGUCCUUCUUCCGAAGAAGUCUGCUGCCGCCGCUGUUUCGAAGAAGUCCGACAAGAAAGGAUCUCAGUCUCAGGAAUUUUAAGAUUCCAAACGUCGUCUCGUUUUUACCACCUUUUUUUUUUAAUAUCUUCAUCUGCCAAACGGCCCUUUUAAGGGCCAACAAAGCCAUCCGUAAAGUCUGACAUUUUCUUCUGAAUGCGUGCGAUUUUCUUCAUAUUAUGGUGUCCUCUUUGCUUUUAUUGUUAAAUUCAAUUGCAUCUAAUUUUAAUAACUGUGUUGACUUUAUAAUGGUAUUUUUCUUUAUAUUAAAAUUAUCUUGAUAAUGUGGGAUUUUGCUCUUCAUCUGUAAAACCUCCCCGAAAGAACAGUAGUUUUGUUUGUCUUCCUGUCGUGUUUUGUAUUGAAAGACUUUUUUUUCUAACGAAUUCUUAAUGGAGAGAGCAACAGUAGGUAAUUCUCAAAUGCCUUGCGACAGCAUGGCAAUGUGAAGUUAUUACUAAAUUGUUUAGUGAAUACUUUUCGCUGUAUGUCAUGGUCGUAAACUGAGUUUAUGAUCUUCAUGCUUACUAUUACUCCAUUUGUGGUUCGAGUACGCUUAGACUAUUUCACAUGAGAACGAGCUUCAAAACUUUUUAUUAAUCCAACGUUAAAAUGUAGCUAACGUGAAACGAGAACAUUUGCGGCACUCGUAAUGAAAAAGACUGAAAGCUCGCAGUGCCAAAUUUUGAGGGGAGGGGGUGCGGCCUAAGUAUAAAGUAUCCAUAAUAUGGAUAGUAAUGGUUGACCAGAUUGUAGCAUAGGCAAUGAAAGCAGAAACUUAGCUGGUUUUGACUUAUAGUGUAUUCUUUAAAGCCAAGUAAGCCUUAGGAACCAAUUUGAAUUUUAAAAAGUUUUCUAUCUACUUGUGUUAGGCAAAACAAAAGGUUACUACGCAGAAUAUUUGGGGCUGCAAAUCCGUACUUAAGAGGGAUAAGGGCCUGUUGCUUUUGACCAGUCGGCUCUGAUCAAAGGCAAAAUGACUUCCCUAUCUCAUCUUUAAUAUAGACGAUACAACCUUGACUACGUUAUCCAGUGUAAUCUAGAGAUUUGACUGCUAUUUUGUGUGGGGCAAGCGACUUAACUUUUGCCCUCGCUAGUGUCCUAUUAAAGAUUUGGUGGCCUAUGAUUUUAUAUUCAGUCAAUUAUCAGAACUACCAUUUUCAGUGUUGCAAAGUCGAUUGUAAUAUAUGCCGCGUCCAUAUGAUUUCAAGGAUUGAUCAAAGAAAUUUCUGUUAUGACCAACCAUUAUUACCCAUCUUCUUGAAAUGUACGUGUGCUUUGAGUGAGAUUUUAGGAUAAAAUUUUACAAUCGCAACCCCACGUCAAAUUAGAUUGCAAUCAACUUUAUUUGCAGGGUCGUGUACAUUUUUGGUGAAGCAUUUAAGGUAUAUAUAUUCCAUAAACAAAGCUCAUCUCUUUCCCUCUCGUUUGUCUCCAUAUCGUCAUAAUUUUUUUUUUGUUUCUGUACUAAGAAAGGAUGACUCCGAUUUAAAUUUUCUUAGUAAAUCACAUGGUUACAAAUUCAAUUCUACUGCUUGGUUAUCUUAAGUCUUCUAUAACCUCAGAAUGUCUAAUACCAAGUAGUGACGUAGCUAUUAGGGGACAGACAGCUUCCCUGGCGCCUUUUCAACUCUUUCGUUGACUAUAUCAGUAAUUCUGUUUCAUACAUCUUGAUUGUAACAAGAGAGAACAGAAUUAUGUCCCCUUAAUUGCAUAUAGAAGUAGUUCAGAUCUAAGAUAUAGAUUAAAAGAUCUGCUUGUUUUAAUUAUUGUUGAAAACAAUAUGACAAUGACAUGUUUUACUGAAACAUGAAAUUAAUGAAUGUAGAAUACAAUUGCGUAUAUUAUAACUAAUGAAACAUUUCGCGUAAUGUUAAGAGAAAUGAGUUAAAAAUCGUUUGGUAUGUGUUACGGCGCCCUUUUUUUCUAUCUGCUCGCUCCUAACUUUAGUACCUGACAACACCUUUGAAGCCAAGUGACAGAAAUUGGUAGAUAUGAGUAUCUGCGUUGUAUUAACACUAUUUAUCAAAAGAAGUGUUUUUAUGUCCUAUAGAUUAGAUUAAUCUGUACCAGAUUUAGAAAUAAGUUUUGGGGUUGGUAAGAUCGAAAAAAUCCUUAAGUAUUGUCGAGUAUGGCUGCAGUGGAUAACAAGAAAUCCGUGUGGAUUGAUAGAGAGGUACAGGUGCAGGUAUGGCUGUGUGGUUAAGAAGCUUGCUUCCCAACAAUGUGGUCUUGAGUCCAAUUUCACUGUAGCACCUUGGGUAAUUGUUCUUUUACUAUACUUCUAUGUCAACCAAAGCUUUCAAGUAGAUCUGGGGGUGGAAACUAAAAGAAACCUGUCAUACAUGUGUGUCCCUUUGUCUUCAUAUGUGAUGGUUGUAAAUGAGCAUGUCAUACUAGCAAUGCUGCUCGUUUCCAGUUUUAAAUGAAAGGUUUGUCUAACCAUGGGGAAAUUUAUCUUACUUGAAAACAGGUGAGGGAUGGUAAUAAGGCAUUUGGCUGCAAAAAAAAAAUCUGCCUCAUUGUCUAACCUAUGCAAGCAUGUGAAAGUGGACAUUAAGUAUUUAUAUAAAAUCUCAACCUAUUUUCAUUGUGCAAGUUGUGGACGAUGUGAACAAUUUCAUUUCCUUGGGCAGUGUGAUUAGUAGUGAUGGCAGUCUAAUGUGAACAGCAGAACUGGCAAAGCAGGGUUCAUAUUCGCCAAAUAUGAGCAACAACAAACAUCACUUCUGACAUGAGGUCUAAUUAUGUAAUAUGUAUGGAAAGUGUCAACAAAGGCUGAUAAUGUAAACAGAAAGCCCUAAAAAAUCACCUAGCAAAAUUAAAUUACGAAUAAGGAAAUCGUUCUGUGAAGCAAAUCCCAGCUUUUACAGGACACUGGGGUACUACAUUAGCUUUUCCUGGCAGACUAUUUUGUACCUAUCAUCCACCUGGCAUACUGAAUCAUGGCAAUAAGAAAGUGGUUAUGUUCAAAACCGGGUUGAUAGCUAAUACGAAAUGUUUCAGAAUUCAAAUAUCUUACAAAGUACAUCAACAUACAUAUUUCACUCCUGCUUGGAACUAUAUAAUACAGGAUUAUAGGGGGAGUGGGUCAUUUGCUAGAUUUUCAUUAUUUUUCUCCCAACUCCAAGAAGUAUGAUUAGUAGCCAUUAUGAAUUGCAUCAUUCCUUCCUGCUAAAAAAAUUUGCAUUCUUCCUGGUCACUUCUUUUCAAGCUCUUCAUUCUGAAUCACAAACUUCAGUCACUAGACCAACCAAUUUUCAAUUGUGAAAUGAAACUUGAAACUUUGCUGUGCUGCAAGAAGUACUGCAGAUUUGGAUUUAUGGUUGAAAAAGACUCGGCUUGUUUCCUUUAAAUACAUCAAGUUUCCAGAAGCACAACUGUGUCCUGGUAUGAUUUACUGUCGUCUGUACCAUGAGUUGUUAACAUUAUUUUCUAUUGGUGAUAACCAUCGUCAACAAUCAGUUACUUCAGUGGAACCAAUUUCAGCCUACCCACCAAAAUAUACUCCACUCAGAAGAUUAUUUUUGUGGGGAGUAAUAUAUUUUGUUGCUUUGUGUCAUGUCAUACUAAAUUUACCCAAGUAAAGCUAUAGUUGCAUGUUUUCCUUUACAUUCAGAAGUUUUAUCAAGUUGAAUAACCAAUCUCUAGUUGUCAUUUUAAAAUCUUAACCAACAUAUAAAUAUAAAGUGUAUGCAAUUCUGCAACAAUAUUAAUGACAUGA